GGCUGAUGGAGGAGGCCGAAGAUGGUCUAUGAUGAGUCUGAAAGAGGAGGAAGAGGAGAUUUAGAGUUGACCGUAAAGCCGAAGGAAUUAUACUUUUUUUCUUUUUAAGACAGAAACAAGUCAUUGAAAAAUAUCUAAGGGGGCCAGAAAGGAGAGAUGCGGAUGGGGAGGCUCGGAAGGGAAAUGGAGGAUGAAAGAAUAGGUAAGAGGGAGUUUGAAAAGGCUAAAUCCGGAAAUGAGGAAUAGAGAUGGGAAAAGGGAAAGCACAAAGCUGAAGAGAGAAGGAAAAAAGCAAUAAGGCGGCGGGGCGGGAUGGAAUGAAGGGAAAAAGCCGGGGAGGGCGAAGGGGAACGAGGAGGCAAGUCAGUGCCCAUGGGAGGAGGGAUUGCAAAGACAGUUUAGAGCGCAGACCCAAGGAAAGAAAAGCUGGAAACAGGGCCCGAAGAAGAGUUAAGUAGGGGUAAGAAGAGGGUCGCAGCAGUGCCCGGAGCAGGCCCGGGGUGGGGAGUGGGACUAGGUGGGCACAAGAGAUGGACAAGAGACACAAAGAGUGACGGGGAGAGAGGAGGACAAGAACCCGGAGGAUGUGUUGGGAAUGUAGGAGAGGAAGUGCAGAAAAGGAGCCUCCCCCCAUCCUUAGAAAGGGUGGUCAUGGAUGCUGCUGAACUGGCCCCAAGGGGAUUGAUUUCUGCCCAAGAGCACCCCACAGAUCAGUCUGCCUCCCUCGGCUUGGCUCAGUGCCCCCGCCCUGGGAGAGGGGUGUGGAAAGAAGCAGCCUCACAGCCCAUGGAUCUCAGGACAUCGAGGACAAGGUGAGCAGCAUCGUGGUCUGGCAUCUAGGAAAAACACAUGACACCUGCAGCCUCUGGAGGUUCCUAGACUCUUGGAGCUGGAAGGGACAUCAGGCGGUCAGCAGCUGGGCCUGGAGGGAUUUGCAGCCUCAUCUCCCUCAGGGAGAGAGCAGCGUUUUCCUUGGGCAGAAAGAUCUUCAGAGAAGAGACUGUAACCUUCCUGGGUGAGGAAAUUGAGGUGGAGAGAGUGUAAGUGAACAUGAUAUUCUGGAGAGCCACAGAACAUUGGGGAAGCAGGAUAAGUCUUCAGCAGAACAAUCCUGGGAAUAACUACUGCAAGUGAUUAAGCCAUCCAGCAUGUUCUUCCUGUUUCACCACGUGGCAUGCUGACCAUGAGCAUCAACUCCUCUCUCAGCCACGGGAAGGAACUGGCCAACGUCCCAGGCUCCGAGGGAGAGGACGGGGCAGUCACCAUCACGGAGUCCAUCGCCAUCAUUAUCAUCGCCAUCUUCGUCUGCCUGGGGAACUCCGUGAUUGUGUUCACCCUAUACAAGAAGUCCUAUCUCCUGACGCUCAGUAACAAAUUUGUCUUCAGCCUCACCCUGUCUAACUUCUUGCUGUCUGUGCUGGUGUUGCCCUUCGUGGCGACAAGCUCCAUCCGGAGAGAAUGGAUAUUCGGGGUGGUCUGGUGCAACUUCUCCGCCCUCCUGUAUCUGCUGAUCAGCUCUGCCAGCAUGCUGACCUUGGGCGUCAUUGCUAUUGAUCGCUACUAUGCUGUCCUUUAUCCCAUGGUAUACCCCAUGAAGAUCACUGGGAAUCGGGCUGUGCUUGCCCUAGUCUACAUCUGGCUCCACUCCCUCAUCGGCUGCCUCCCCCCCUUGUUUGGCUGGUCAUCUGUGGAGUUUGAUGAAUUCAAAUGGAUGUGUGUGGCCGCCUGGCACCGGGAGAUUGGGUACACAGCCUUUUGGCAGAUCUGGUGUGCUCUGUUGCCCUUUGUGGUCAUGGUGGUGUGCUAUGGCUUUAUCUUUCGUGUGGCCAGGGUGAAGGCUCGCAAGGUCCACUGUGGUACAGUGGUCAUCGUGGAGGAGGAUGCCCAAAGGAAUGGGAGAAAGAACUCGAACACCUCCACCUCCUCCUCAGGCAGCAGGAGGAACACUUUCCAAGGAGUGGUCUACUCUGCCAACCAGUGCAAAGCACUCAUAACCAUCUUGGUAGUGAUUGGGGCAUUUGUUGUUACAUGGGGUCCCUACAUGGUCGUCAUCACUUCUGAAGCCCUUUGGGGGAAGAAUAGUGUCUCUCCUGCCUUGGAGACCUUGGCCACGUGGUUAUCUUUUACCAGUGCCAUCUGCCACCCUCUCAUCUAUGGACUUUGGAACAAGACAGUGCGUAAAGAACUACUAGGCAUGUGCUUUGGAGACCGAUAUUACCGAGAGCCAUUUGUCCAGCGACCUAGAACUUCUAGACUGUUCAGCAUCUCCAACAGGAUUACAGACCUAGGACUAUCACCACAUCUUACCGCCCUGAUGGCAGGAGCGCAGCCACUGGGUCAUAGUAGCAGCACUGGGGACACUGGUUUCAGCUGCUCACAGGAUUCAGGGACUGAUGUGAUGCUACUUGAGGAUUACAGUUCCGAUGACAAUCCUUCGCGUUGUACUUGCCCUCCCAAGAGACGGAGUUCAGUGACCUUUGAAGAUGAAGUAGAACAAAUGAAAGAAGCUGCCAAAUCCUCCAUUCUCCACGUGAAGGCCGAAGUGCACAAGUCCCUGGACAGCUAUGCAGCCAGCUUGGCCAGAGCCAUUGAAGCCGAUGCCAAGAUUAGCAUGUUUGGGGAGGAGGCUCUGCCUGGAGUACUAUUGGCAACUCGGACUGUGCCGGGGGGAAGCUUUGCGAGCCGCCGAGGCAGUCGAACUCAUACUAGCCAGAAGCUGCAGCUGCAGAGCAUUGACGAAGGAAACAUUUAGCUUUGAGACCAUCAGUGAGAGUCCGGAGACACCAGUCGGGGCAGGGACUAUAUACCAUUCUAUAUGAUGCCAAGAAAUCAAAACCCUUACCAAUGAAGCUGGGGCCCUGGAUUGACACACUUGGUUUUUAAAGGACAAUGUGGGGAGCUAAUAUGCAAGCACCAAAAAAAAGAAAGAGAGAAAAAAUGACAAAAUUGCUACAGUUGGGAACUAAUUUAGGAUUAUUGUUAAGCUGUAGCCAAUCUUCUAGGUUCUGAUAACCUUUUAUCCCUGAAGGGAGCCAAGGCACAUAGACAAACAGAUGUAGCCUGGCUCUGCUUUAUUUGGAGAGGACAGUGUUGUCAGGUCCACGAAAUUGGGGCAGAGAAAUUUGAAUGUAGCACAGUCACCCUGGUGAGUGGGCUGCUUUACUCAUCACCUUCUUUACUUAGGGAUCCUCAGAGUGGGUUGUACUAAGAACCUUAGAAAGAGGCGCAUGCACUUUCUGGAGAGGGCAUCCUUCUCCAUCUUCCCCAAGGGCAUUGGAUGAGUGUCUUGUUCUUUGGGUUGGUUUGUGUCCUUGGGUCCUGUGUGCUGUGAUUCAGUGCACGCUGGGGAGAAAGAAAAGCGGAGGGCUUGUCCAGCAGAAUGACCAGCACAUGAAGAAUUAAGAGUCCUAAGAGCUGGUGUCCAAGCUAUCCACCUAGCUGGUUUGUGGGUGCUUGUGGCUAACGCUACAGGGGGAACUGAGUUUGUCCUUGCCAGAGAGUAGAUUGAGGACCAGAUCAUUCAAUUUGCUCAUCCAAGGGUGUUUCUAUUUCACAAGAAAGGGGAAAAACCACUAUUCAUAAGACAGAAGCAGGGUCAUUGAGCUCGUUUUUCCAAUUGAAAACUUUCGGUUAAUGGCAGAGACUCGGUAGUAGAAAUGGUGCUCAGUGCAACCAUACAAUGCAGCUCAUUUUUAUUUGGGGAUGAAGUUAUCCUCUCAAUCCUCACUUAAAUGGAUUUCUAUUUGUGAUAUAAGUGAUCUUAGGACAGGACUAGAUGGUCCAAAAGCUAGUCAUUGCUUUUCAAGAUAUACCCCAGGACUUUGUAGUCAUUUUUCUUUCACAUUGAAGGAGAGAAUGAACAUGGGGCCAGGGAACAGUAUUUGUAUCUUAGAAUCAAAAGUUUUAGUGUAGGCAAGGAAGGGACUACCUGGGGCAUUUUUUUUUCAAUCUACCUUUCCACUAAUUGCAUAGUCUCCAGGGGAAGACCGGCCAAAAGGAAAUGUAGGAAAGAAGGAUCUCAAUUGUAGAGUUCUUCAAAGGUACCAAGAACAGUGAGAAUGCGAGUUUCCUAAAGCCAGAUUUUUCUUAGUUUUACCUUAGAGAUUUGGCCUGAAGAUUCCCAUAAAUUCCCAACUGAACCUAAGAUUUCAGAAGCAUUGGUUCCUUUCCUGUCAUUUCCCUUGACCUGGAUAGGGUGGGAUUUUCUUAGGGAGAAAAAGAGCCAUUCGUCAUUUGGGGGUUUGGACCGAGUAUGACUGAGACAGCAUGCAAUGGUGUAAGAAAGUUGUAUAGAAACCCAGAAGACCUGGAUUCUAGACCUUCUUCUAAUGCAUACUGGUUGUGUGACCCAGAACAAGUGAUGUAGUCUUAGUCUUCUAAGUAACCUUCUAAUAAGACUGUAAAUUUUAGAGAAGGUGCCAUCCUGCAUUGGUAAUAGAGGCAACUUCCUUACCCCCAGGAGUUCCCUAGACUUAAGAAAUCACAGAUCCAGUCACUCGCUCUCUGACCAGCUAGGUCUUAAAAGUGGUCCAGCUGUAUCUGCUUUCAAGUAACCAUUCUCCAAAGUUCUCUGUCCUUGUGACACUUCCAUAUGGGACACAGCUGAAUUUGGAGGGUGGAAGCAUUACACUUUUUAUGCAAUCAUAGUAUCCACUCUGUAGAGCAAUGGGGUAAGUAAAAAGCAUCCUUAGUUGUGUCUUGUAAAAGGUCUUAUGGUAUUGGCCCACGGUGAAAUCUUGCUAUUCUCCCCUUUUGAGAAUGAGACCUUGGUUAACAUUUAUCAAAUUUUUACCCUCUUAUGUCAUAUGAAGAUGAGAUUGUGCUUAGCAGAUGGACAAAUGGCAGGAGAGCCCCUGAACUGGACAGCAAAGUAGGGAUCUCAGAAGAUGUUAAACCAGCCGGAAUCACAACUGACUUAGAGGGUGAAAUUGAAAGGGAAUCCGUGUGAAGUUCUACCCUUGGGUUAAAAAAAUCAGGUGCAUUAUGAGGGAGUUCUGGCUAGACAAGAGAUUUCAUGGAGAUUGAGUGGACGAGUCCAUUGUGCCGUGUGAUACGGCAACCAGAAAAUACUAUGGUAAUCAUAAACUGCAUUCAGUGAAACAAUGUCCACAAUGAGGGAGUUUAUAGGAUCAUGCAUCUGGGAAGUUCUGUCAUAUCCUUCAUUUGCUGAUAAGGAACCCAACCUCAAGGAGCUUAAAUGACUUGCCAAAGGUCCUUUGUUGGAAUUUGAACCCUACUCUUGUCUCCAGAGUCAGAGCCUUUGCACCAUGCAAUUAAAAACAAAAACCCUUAACCUUCCGUCUUGGAGUCAAUACUGUGUAUUGGUUCCAAGGUAGAAGAGUGGUAAGGGCUAGGCAAUGGGGGUCAAGUGACUUGCCCAGGGUCACACAACUGGGAAGUGUGAGGCAAAUUUGAACCCAGGACCUCCCAACUCUGUGCCUGUUUUGGGCCAGCCAUCUAGCUGCCCCCUGCACAGUGCCAUCCAUAGGGCUACUGUACUCUGGACUUGACUCACAUCUGGAGUCCAGAGUUGUGAAGGCUGCUGACAAAUUAGAGCAGAUGUAGUGGAGGAAGACCAGUUUAAUGCGAGGCCAUACAACGAUUGAUUCAAGACCUUAGGGAUCAUUUGCUUGGAGAAGAGAAGGCUUUUAGGGAGGCCAUGACUCUUCAGGUAUCAGGCUGCCAUGUUAGAAGAGUAAUUAUACAUGCAAUCAGUCCCAGAGGGCAGAAUGGCAAGCAAUUGAGUAGAAACGAGAGAGAAAUAUAUUUAGGUUCAAUGUAAAGAAAAGCUUAUUUUCGUCAAUGAAAGCUUGUCCAAAAAUGGACUAGGCUCUGUUAGGAAAUGGUGCCUUCUCUGUUAUUGCAAGUCUCCAAGUGGACAUGGAACAGCAACUUGUUAGAGAGGCCGUAGAGGGAAUUUCUGUUCCGAUGGCCUCCCAUGUCCCAGUUCUAAGAAUCUGAAGGCCAUUCUAAGUGGAGAGGAGAUAUGCAGAAGCAAGAAAGGCUGUCAACUGCCGAACCCUCCUGGGAGAUGUGAAAGUUCAUCAGAUCUUUGCAUCUCCCACCCCACCUGUCUGUAAUUCCUGAUAUCAGAAAAACAUUUCUUUCUAAAACAUCCUCGUCUUCAUUUUCCUUAGAAUUUACCUGAGACAGUGUUUAUAAGGGCUUGUAUUUCUGACCAGCCACUAGGGACAAAAGGAUGGAACUGGGACAAGUGACAAAGGAUGAAGAGAUAGUCUCUGACAUUUCACCACUGUCUCCCAUGUUGAGCCCAGCUGCUGGGGGAAGGAAGGGUGCUCUGGAAUAAUAGGGUACACCAUCUGCCAGGUUAUCUUGAAUUUUUUCAGUGCAUCAAAAGAAUUUUUGGAGGGUGGAUAGUCCAGAGGAUGUCUUUUCCCUGAGUGGCUAAAGCUCCGGGGAAAAUUGCCCUGGGAAGCCAGCUGGCACUCAUGAAUUUAGGUUAACGGACAGUAUUAAGAUUCAUAUAAAUCUCUCUUCUUCAGUUUAGUUUUCUACAAACUAGUGGGUGCUUUAUCUUGCCUUGUAAAUUACCUUAUUCAAGUUCAUGGGUAGGGAAAAUGUGUACUAUGGCAAAUCCUAAGAUUUUCCUUUGUGUUCAGAAGAAUCUGACCUAAGAGAAUUUCAUGGAAACCACCUGUCUGCCUAGACAAGGCAGUGUAAAAAAACAAAACUAAACUAACUUGGACUCUCCCAGUUCAGUUGAGAUUUCUGGCCACAUAAACUCCAUCCACGCUUGUAGUGUCACUGUUAAAAUGAGAAAACCUCUCACGACAAGAUGGAAAGCUAUUAAUCUUCCAGUUGUCUGACUACUCACCUGAGUCAUGACUCUAAGGUUGCUGCCUUCUCACAGUAAUUCAGGGCACUUUAUGGGCUGUUAAGCCUCCUGACUGCUUUCUCUCUUUUUACUCUGCUACAAAGUCUUAGAGCUUCAGUGAUCAUUCAGCACUACCAGUGUUUAGGAACAAGAGCCUCAUAGGCUGAGGGUUUUUAAGGACUUUGGGGCAAGCAGUUGGUGGUACUUGAGGGACACACUAUUGACUUCUCCAUCUUAGGGGAAUAGAUGUUCAGAGUCACUGAAAACGAUCACUUAUCUUCAUUGAAAAAUGGGUUUAGGAGGAGGGAUUAGGGUAACGGAUGCAAGUUUGGGAGAUUUGUAUACAUUUCAUACAAAGAAAUUGAGGGAUUGUAUAUAUUUUGUACAAAAAAAUCCACAAAUGACAGUUACAACAUAUAUCAACCUUGCAGAGAAGUACAAAAAAGUGCCCUUUGCAGGUUUCCCUGUGUGUGAUAUUGAAUUAAGCCAAAUGUUUUUCAGUUCUUGCCCUCAAUAUAUGGUUAUAGGCCUGGACAGGAGGAAUUUAUCAGCCAAGCUAAAUGUGCCCAGGCAAAUCCAUCAGCUGUGUCCACUUCAUGCUUUAAGGAGAUGCUUGAAAUUCAGUGCAUGAAGCCUGGUGGUAUAGGUAAGGCGUACCAUCGCUUCUAAUUCUUCUGAGCUCUAAAAACAAUUUCAAGAAUGUAGAGCACUCCACUGGAAGAUGUGUGAAGAGACAAAAGAUAGGAAAGAGUGAGGGUCCAGAGGCAGAGCCCUCUUUUUUGGCUAUACAUGUAGGAACAUGAUGUGGCUUAGAGAUCAUCUGGAUUAAGGAGUCUUAACAUUUUUUGUAUUAUGGAUGGGCUCCCUUGGCAAGCUAGCGAAGCCUAUGGUACCCUUCUCAGAAAAAUAUUGUAAAUGCUUAAAACAAAGUACCUAGAAUUCCAGAAGGAAUUCAAUUCUGUUGAAAUAAUCAGCAUUUUUAGAAAAUGAGUUCACAGACCUUAAGUCAAGAACUGAUCUCAUCCUCGUAGAUAAGGAAACUCUUCCAAGGUCACAUACUUAAGUGUAAUGAUUCAAGAUGGAGUUGUCUUUCUAAUGGGUUAGGGAGGGAAGAAGCCCUCUCUGUGCAGCUCAAAAGACAUGGAAGCAUUCAGAGAAAGACACUGAUGCCAGAAGACCAAGCCAACUGACUUGUACAGAGGAACAUUCUCCAGACUUUGGCAAACUGAAGAACAUGGGCUCUGUGGAGAGUAUUUGUUUGUAUGACCUUAAGAAACCAUAUACCCACAGGAGAUGGUGGGAUUGGCUCAGAGCACAAGCUAAAUCUUCACAGAUUACAAGAGCACAACUUUGGCCAGUGUUAUGUUUAUGUACGCGUAUCACAAAAUCACCGUGUUCAUUUUGCUCAAAAACUCUUCAACCUUUUCCCCGAACAGUGUUAGCCAGUAGAGAAUUUUAAAUUUCUUUUAUUGAACUGUUGACUUGGGUGUUCUCGCCUUAGCGUUGGAAAAUGCCAGGCAUCAUAGAGAAAAUCAACUCUGGAUAUAGGGUAAAGAUGAGGGAAGGCCAUGUAGUAGCACUGCCAUAUGUGAAUAACGUAGAGGAUGGAAGGCAUUUCUUUGGGAGGUGUAAUGAUGUGCCACUCCAUGACAAAGAGGCAUGACAGGAACGUGUGUGUGUGUGUGUGUGUGUGUGUGUGUGUGUGUGUUGCUUACAUCAUGGAAAGUACCCGUCCAGGAAACCAGUAUUUGGGUUAAAGUUUUGGGAUUUUAAGCAAGCAAAGGAAGAUUUGGGAUUAUUGUAAAUCAGUAUUUAUAAGUAAAUGAAAAUAUACUUUGAGCAGUUUUAUUUCCUUAAUUAAAUAUUUGUUUGGGUAUGUGUGUAUCAGUGUAUAAAAUAUAAAUGACUGACAUUCAUAAGCCUGGGGUCCUACUAUGAGUUUCUCAUAGACAAGCCCAAUCAAUUCCCAACCUCCUUUAAAUUCCUACAUGGUACAAAGGGGAAAGAAAAAUAGAGAGGGGCAGAGCAUCUGCAGGAGGCUCUCCAAUUUUUCCAGGACCUUUAUCCCAUGAAGCACCUAAACUUUUAGAAUAUUAAUUAUGUACUUGUCUACUACUCUCUACUUUUCAAGUCUUCUAGCUUUCUUAUCUCAUUUGUUCCUUAUGAUAUCUCAGUGAGGAGAUGGGGCAGAUACUACUGGCUCCAUUUUGCCCAGAGAUUUGGAGUAACUUGCCCAUGGAACCUUUGGCUAGGUAGUGGCAGAACCUAACGCUGGAAGUUUGGGUUCUGGCCCCAAACACUGUAACUCAGAACACCUCUCCAUCAGUUAGGUCCAUGAUUGCCUGUGUCUUCCAACUCCUUACUCCUACCACCAACCAUGUUGCUAGGUGGGCAAGUAAAGGCUAUUAAUAACCAACAUCCAUAAGCAUGAAAGUCAAUCUUACUGAUGUCUACUUUCCUGGCAGCUUGCCGUUCCAUCCUCUUCCAUCCACUCACAUGGUCAUGAUCCUAAUUCAGAUUGUCAUCACCUCUAACUUGGGACUCCUCAUUGGGCUUCCUACUUUUAGUGUCUCUUCUCCCCAAUCUGUCCACCAGAAAGCUGCCAAACAGACACUCCUAGAGCAUGGGUCUGAACAUGUAACUCCCCUGAUCAAGAAGUUUAAAUGGUUCCCUGUGCCUCCAGGAUAAACUCCUCCCUUUGGACUUUAAUAAUCUGACUCCAAUUUAUAUUUCCCAACCGAUUUCUCGUUCCUCCCUCCUACACACUACAUUCCAGACAAACUGGCUGCUUGAUGUUCCCUCCACAUAUUAUUCAACCUCCUGUGCCUGUGCCUCCCUUCACACCAGCUGUUCCACAAGCAUGGUUAAUGCUUCGCCUCACCUCUGCCUCUUGGAGCCUCCAGCUCCCUUCAAGUCUGCCCACGUGCCACCUCCUAUAAGUGGGCUUUGCUCUUUUAACCAUUGUUAAUACCAUUUCCCUCCCAAAUUAUAUUGUAUUUGCUUUGUAUAUAUUUUGUACUUAUCUGUGUACAUGUUGUUUUCCUCCAGUAGAAUGUAAGCUUGAGGGCAGGAACUAUUUUGUUUUUGUCUUUCUAGUGCCUACAGGGUGUCUUGUACAAAGUAGGCACUUAAUAAAUGUUUGUUGAACUGAA